AAUGCGCUUAUAUUGCAUCUCUUGUAGUUUUCAACAAACGUUUGAAGUUUUGACUGAUCCGCUUUGGGUCAUUGCCUGCUAAAUCCGAUCAGCAAGGUUGCGUGUACAAAACAAGCUCCCAUUACCCCUGGGUAUUCACAUGCAGUUUGCAAGAUGACGCCAAAGCAUGAAAAACAGGAAUUUGUCACGGUCUUGGUGCGAGACCCUCGGAUAAAAAAGGAAGACUCCUGGCAUUCGCAUAUAGACUAUGAGAUCUUCAUUCAUACAAACAGCAUGUGCUUUACGAGGAAAACGUCUUGCGUCCGGCGGCGCUUUCGAGAAUUCGUGUGGCUUCGCCAGAGGCUUCAAAGUAACGCAGCGCUAAUACAACUGCCAGAACUUCCAGCCCGGACGCCCUUUUUCAACACCAAUAACCCCCAACACGUGGACCAGCGCCGACAAGGUUUGCAGCAGUUCCUCCAAAAGAUUCUGCAGAAUCCUCUACUGCUUUCAGACAGUAGACUUCACCUCUUUGUACAAACCCAGCUGAACCCAGAGGACAUUGAGGCAUGUGUAUCUGGACACACGAAAUAUUCCGUUGCAGACGCAAUCCACGAGUUUGCCUGUUUGAAACGACGGUUUCCUGUAGAAGACGAAGAGAGGAAAAAGGAGAAUUAUGCAGAUUCCGAUUCUGAAAGUUCAUCCUCAGGGCUUGGACACAGCAGUGAUGAUAACAUUUCCCAUGGAUGUAAAGGAAGCACAGACACAGUUCCUGAAGAACCGUGAAAUAUCAUUUAUGUGUUGCCAUCACAGAAAUGACAGAUACUGCUUCUAUCUUGGUUGAAAGUUACACAUAACAUAGACCAAUCAUGCACCCAACUUUCAAGGCAUGUCUUUUCUGUUUUCAAAACAGCCUGUUCAUUUGCUUUGUAUGCAUUUUGUAGCCUUUGUUACAUUGAACGAUACGAAUACUGCCUGCACCACACCACCUAAAUCAAUGAGAUUUCUUAAUGUGAUAAUGUGGGGUUCACUAUAAGGGAAAGGAAAGGGGGGUGGGGAAACCCUGGAAUAUCAAUAUUCUGGGAAUCCACAAAAUAUAUUUCUAUUUGGCAUUUUAAAUGGUGAUACUGUGGUGGUCUUUCUACUGUGGUGUUGACUAACGUAACUCAGUUGCAACACAGAAAACCAAAACACCAUUCAGUCAUAAGGUAGCAGAGGAGUAAAUGACCAAAUGGGUUUUCUGAAAAGUAUGUUUCAUUAUUAAGCUUUCACCUUGAAAGGGAACGCUUGGGUACAAUGCUAUAUGGCCAGUUCCAGGCCACUUGAAUUAAACAGGCUUAACAGUGCAGUUCUGUAUAUGUCUACUCAAAAGUAAGCCAGGUUGAGUUGAGUUAGGCUUACUCCCAGACUGCAAUCCUGCAAUCUACCUGGCAAUAAACCCCAGUUGAGGCAUAUACAUAGUAUUGUGCUGUAAUCCUGCCUAACUGUAGCAACAGGUCUUACUUUUGUGUGUGUGGUUAAGAAACACAUGUCUUGUGAAGAGGCCUAUCAUUAAAAAACCUGUGCUGUUACAUGGAUAUAUAUAUAUUUACACUGUUUUAAAGUGAAUGUUCUUGCAAGAGGAUGAAGGAAGGGAACAUGUUAACCAGCGAGUAACAGAAAUAAACUUCUGGAUGAAAGCUUACUGUAUCACUGCAGAUGAUCUAGCUUGGCAGUGCCAUGAAUUAAUUUGUGUAUGUUUUGACAGCCCCACUAUAACUUCACUGGCACUCCAUCCAAAAUUACAUUUAUUAGGAAAUAAGUUGUGUUCAAAUCUAGUAAGGCUGAAAUCCUGUGCCUACGUACCCGGGAGUAAACCUCCCUGAACUCGGUGACCCUUAUUUCUGAGUAGUCAGGAAUAGAAUUGCACUGCAGUUGUGUUUUAAGGACCAGGGUGGGUUUGGGGGAUAGGAAUGGGGAGGCCAGAUAACUACCACGAGCCAAUGAUUUUUGUGUGCAUGUGAUGUCAACAUUUGCACAACAUAAAUUUCAUUAAGUGUCUUGCAGAUAAUAUUUUUGUUGAACUGUACAAAAAUAUACAGGGGCCUGAUCACUGAAAGGGAGCUAGCAGCAAGAUACAUAUUUCAGCUACUGUUGGAAAAUAAUAAUAAUAAUUUGAGCCAUUAAAUAUACAAAUAUUGCAAUUGUUGCUGAAAAAUUAGCAACAGACAUCAAAUAGGAAAACCGCAGCAGUGACUAAAAUGAACUGGAAAAAUACAUUGUUUACUUUUUAAAAUGACAUAGCUGUGCUCAUUACUGUUAAUUAGAAGCAGUUUGUGCACUUUAGAUUUGGUAGUCUGCAAAGAUACCAAGCCUAUAAACCUCUCAACAUCUAUGUAAUUGCAGUUACUUGAUAUUUUCUCAUUUGAUAUUUGAUAUUAUGUUAUUUCAGCCUGAGCAUCAUUUCAGAGUUUAUUCAGUCUCAAGUUUGGGAUUUGUUAUGGUCAGAGUGUUGUUUGCUUUGUCACACAUUGCACAAAUUUACAUUUUGUAUUGUUACUGUGUAUUAGUUGCUUCCUAUACCUUGGACAGCUGCCUUUCACACUGUAACUGUGAUUUUCUUUUUUUGUACACCAAAUAUUAGUGAAAUAUUUAAAUGCUGACUCUUCUGUGUUCUACCUUUCUAAUAUGUGUAGAAAAUGUUUGUAUUUUGUCACAUUUCAAAAUAAAACAUCCUGUAAGUAU